AUGGAAGCUAGUGUAUGGAUACAAAAACUGGUGGGGAUUCAUAUGGCAAAUGACAACGUCAACGGACCCUUUGAGGCAAUAGGGUCAUCGAAAGAACUACAGCAGUUUAUUGGAGACGUGAAUGUAUCUAUGGUUGCCAUUUCGCUUAACAUUGAGACUGGUGCAGUGACAUGCAGUAUUGACUUGGACAGCAUUAACAAUGCCUUCAAAACCAUUAUUAUUUCUAAAACAAGACCAGCAGUAGUCACGUCUGCCAAUAUGGCAGAAAUUGUAUGGGUUACUCAACUGCAAGACACACCCGUAAAUACACUCUAUCAAUCCGUGCAUUCAGUCUAUGCUCCAAUUCUCCAAAAAACUGGAAAAUGGGGAAUGAACUCAAAACUACAACGGCUCUUGGUUGAUCUCGACGAAGGAUUAGCCAGUACUCUUCGUAACACAUCUGAUUUGAAAUCAUCUCUUGAGUCCAGCUUUGAAUCCAUUGCCAGUGUAAAUGAUGAAUAUACGUAUUGGCAAGAAAUGGCUUUAAAAAAAGACGCUUCUACUGCAGAGUGUAAACGGGCAGUUUAUUUCAGUACCACUCUACAGCCACUCAAGGCUGAUUUUGAUAAACAACUGCGACAACAUGAAUACUCGCCUUAUCCAAAAUCUAGAAUGAUGCAUCUGUUGGAUCUUAUAUCGGAGCAAAUCAUUGGUGUGAUUCAAGCAAAAAUCGGUGACCGUGAAGUUAUGAUGGAGCCAUUGCCACAGAUCAAAGACGAGCUGGUUUUGGCAAGCGAUGCACUUGGCCGAUGGGUUGAAAUUUUAAAGUCUCUUACUGGAACGUUUUGGGCUUUGUUUUCACCAAACCCAUGGGGUGACGAACCAUUUUACAGUCAUUCUGCUAACGAACUUUGUGAUCGUAUCAGUAAAAUAAUUUCUCUUCGAGUAUCCCAUGAUAUUAUGAUGGAUCUUGUUCAAUCUGAAGAAAGCAAAGACAUUCAAGUAGAUAAUAUAUUCAAGCCGUUUUCAAGAUUGAACAUUUUUCAAUGUAGCAAGGGAGUCGAAUUGGCCUGGUCUGCUGCUACUGCUCAGUACAACCAUGCUAUUAAACCAACCGAAACACAAUGUGCCCAACGACUUGCUAGUAUUUUUGAUAAAUUACAAACACAGCCUGGACAGCUAAUGCGCGAGUUUAAAAAAUAUCGCGAUCUUGUUAGUAGAGAAACCAUUUUUCGCCAUCUCGUCGCCGAGCGUGAAAUGCUUCUGGGUCAACUUUCAACUUCCCUUAAAUCGAUUCAAAACGAGUUUAAAAGUCGCUCACAUCAUUCAAAUACCCCAAAAGGUCGAAACUUUCCUAAUCUUAUCACAGAUAUUGUCUGGGCUCGUCAAGCCAUUACCAAAGUUCAGGAAACCAAUCAAAUUGUGACAUCAUUGAUUGGAGCCAAGUCUUCAUAUCAACUUCUUUCCAGCGAGCUUUAUGAUGAGUUGCGUAAAUAUGAGCGUGAGCAGUUUGAAGUAUGGUCACUGCAAACCAUGAACGAUUUAAAAGAUAAAGAUAGCGCAUUGUCACCAUCUCAGUUUGGCAGACUUAUGGAGUUGGAUUACUCUAGUGGAAAACUAGUGGUUAAUUAUGGAGAUCAUUUAGUAACACUAUUUCGAGAAAUUCGGCUUUUGAUUGCAAUGGGGUUUCCUGUCUCUGCUCAAAUCCAGCAGUCUGCUGAUUCUGCUCAAAAGUUAUAUCGACACGGUGUUGUCUUGAAGCAGGUUGCGUAUUUCUACAACACAAUUGAGCAGCAAAUGCUUCCAAGCCAACAAUCAAUGCUACUACAGGCUGCAGUUGCGUUUGAACGACUCGUCAAAAAUCCAUCUGUUUCUGGUGGAGCUGAUGAGGAAUCGAACUCCAUUGGAUCUCGAAUGCUCAACUGGGAAAAUCCGCAAGAGCUGGAAAGCUAUAUUUUCAAACUAAAAGCAGCUGCUGAACAUCUUUCUUCAGAAAACCGUAGACUUCGCAAGUACCAUGUCGUUAUUUCAGAUCACAUUAUCUCAUUGAUGAGCAUCGAUCUUGUUAAAAAUCAAGCUUUUUGGAAAGAAACUCUUAAUGAAAUCCGUAGCAUUAUUCUUCAUAUUCAAGACGGUGGUAUUGCCCCUGAAUUGACCAUCACAUGGAGAAACCACUGGGAUUACCAGCUUUACAAGGCCUUGGAGUACCAGUACCAAGUUGGUUUAGAAAACCUUAAUGAAAAUCUUCCAGAGAUGAAAGUAGAUCUUGUAUUUAAGCAGCAAAAACUACAGUUUCGUCCCACGUUUGAGGAAAUUCGUGCAAAAUACUACCGAGAAUUGAAAAAGUUUAUCAAUUUACCAAGUGUAUUCAAGGGAAUUGGAGAAACCCGUGUGUUUAAUCAGCUCAUUGACCAAAACUCGCUAUCCCUAUCAACAGUUUACCUAAAAGCCGAACUACUUUUUCAAAAUCUUGUCAAAAUGCACAAUAGUUUUCAGGACUGGGUUUUGUUGGGUACGGUGGAUCUUGAUGAAUUUGUGCAAGAAUCGUUGACAGAGAUUUCUGACUGGGAACUCAAUUUUCGAAUGCUAAAACAAAAGGGAAAAGAUGCCGAGCAGCUUCCAUCCACCAUCAAAGUUGAUUGUAUCACCGUUUCUACUGCUUCAGUCAAGGCAACAAUUGAUGAUCAUUUACAGCGGAUGUUUGAUGCUAUGCUAGCUGCAUUGCGUAAGGCUAUAUUAGUGCAUAUAGCCGAAAUAAACGAUUUUGUCAACAAAGGCAUGGACAUUUUGCUCAAACACCCUCAGACCAUGGCAGAGAUUGGAGAGGCAAAUGCACGUCAUGCAGAACUCUCUCAAAGCAAACUUUCUAUUCAGUCACAUUUUGAAGCGGUCUAUACUAAAAACAAACUUUUAAAAUCUGUUUCAGGUUCAGGAAUUGAUGCUAGUUCUGUGGAGGCCAAGUGGGGAAAGUUGGAGCUGAUGCUGGAAAGUCACGAGCUGAUGAUCAAGGAGCAGGUGAAUAUACUGCGAAGUGCAAUCGAUGGUCGCGUUCAGCUGUUUUUGGGAGAAAUGGAAAAGUUUUCUUUGCGAUGGAGUCAAUUAAAACCUAAAUCCAGCGAUAUAGGAAAUAUUCAAGAAACCAGAAAAGCUGGUGAAUUUGUAAAAGAAAGAGUACUCGAGUUUUCAGAGCUUGAAAAGACGGCAAACCAAAUCAUGGUUGAUUCGCAACAUUUCAAUGUUUCACCUCCAAAUUUUUCAGAAAUGGAGUUGAUUCGCCAAGACCUGAGCGAGUCAAAAGAGAUGUGGGGGCUAUGCGAAAAGUAUCUUCAAGAGCUAGACCAAAUUCGUGCUCAAGAUUGGAUUUCUUUUAGAGCAAAAUCUCAUCAACUAGACGAGUUUGUUGGGAAAUGGAGCCAAACUAUUCAAAGUCGUCCAACUGAUGCUGUUUCAGCUCAGCUUUUAAAGGAUCUGGAUUCGUAUCGGGAAGUUGUUCCAAAUUUCAAACUAUUACGCGGGGAUAACUGGACGACAGAACACUGGGGAGAACUAUUUAGAAUUUUGUCAGUUCCAAAGGGUAUUACUGUUUCUGAGCUCAAUGUUGGCCACUUUUUGGAUUUACGUGAUGCCAUUGUUUUGAAAAUUUCCUUGAUCAAAGAGCUCAACAAUCAAGCCAAUGGCGAAGUUGCUAUUCGCGAAGCCAUCCAGGAACUUGAUAUUUGGGGAGCCGGUGCGCAGUUUUCACUUACAGAAUAUCAAGAUGCAAAAGGAAAUCAACUAUCGCUUAUCAAGGACUGGAAAGAGACGCUUACGCAGGUUGGUGACAACCAGUCGCUUUUAUCUUCAUUGAAAGACUCUCCAUACUUUAAUAAUUUUGCUGAAAAGGCACAAUCCUGGGAACACAAGCUUGCCGAAUUGGACGAGUAUUUGCGUCAACUUAAUAUAAUUCAGCGGCGAUGGGUGUAUUUGGAACCCAUUUUUAGUCGCGGAGCAUUGCCUUCUGAGCAAAGCAGAUUUUAUCGUAUUGAUGAGGACUUUCGCUCCGUGAUACAAAGUAUCAUGACAGAUGUACGAAUCGUAUCCAUACUCUUUUUCCCAAACAUACGGAGUAUUUUGGUUGCUUUGAUGGACCAGUUGGAGCGCUGCCAAAAGGCACUGAAUGAGUUUUUAGAGCAAAAGCGUGCCAAGUUUGCUCGAUUCUAUUUCAUUGGAGACGACGAUCUUUUGGAAAUUUUGGGACAAGCCAUGAAUCCUCAAGUUAUUCAAGCGCAUCUAAAAAAGCUGUUUGCUGGUGUAUUUAGCGUUAGAUUUAAUGCUGAGAUGACAUCCAUUGACGCUAUGCAGAGUUUAAGCGGAGAGAUUGUUUCACUCAAAAAUCCAGUGACCGUCACUGCGGAGGUCGAAUCGUGGCUACAAAGUUUUGAAAUUGAGAUGAAAUCGACUUUGAAAAUCUUGCUUCAAGAAUGUGUUGCCGAAUCGAAUAUUUUCAAAUAUCCCUCACAGAUUAUUUGUCUUGCAGAGUAUUUGCAUUUUACAAGCAGUGUGGAAAAGUGUAUUCAAAAUCAGCAAGGUUUUGAGCAACUAGAAAAGCAGCUACGCGAUGAGCUGGAGAAAUAUACGACAUUUGAUUCGUCAACGGUAGCCGAUAAAACUGAGCGUGGUGUAAUCGAGUUAAAAAUCAAGCCUCUCAUUUUGGAUAUCAUUCAUUUUCUGGAUGUGAUUGAGCAACUUCAAAAAGUAGAUUUGCUGAAAGUGACAGACUGGGAAUGGCAACGACAACUACGUUUUUAUUUGAACAGUGAAAACGCAUGCGUUAUCCGUAUGAAUAAUGCCGAAUUUGAAUAUACAUACGAAUAUCAAGGUAAUCCAGCAAGGCUUGUGCAUACUCCGCUCACCGAUAAAUGCUAUCUUACUCUUACACAGGCAAUGUCGAGCGGAUUCGGGGGAAAUCCUUUUGGACCGGCUGGCACAGGAAAAACAGAGUCGGUCAAAGCACUCGCAGUGUUGUUUGGUAGACAAGUGCUUGUUUUCAACUGCGAUGAGGGAAUCGAUUACAAAAGUAUGGGAAGAAUCUUUGUCGGUCUUGUCAAAUGUGGAGCAUGGGGCUGUUUUGACGAGUUCAACCGACUUGAAGAGGCGGUACUUUCAGCAGUAUCCCAACAAAUUCAAGUCAUCCAAGCCGCGAUUAAGCGCAAAGAAAACAGCGUUGUGCUUUUGGGCAAGACUGUCGAUCUCGACAAAAAUUCGGGAAUUUUUGUUACAUUAAAUCCAGCGGGAAAAGGAUAUGGAGGACGACAACGUUUACCAGACAAUCUCAAGCAGCUAUUCCGAUCAGUUGCAAUGACUCAUCCUAAUAACGAGCUGAUUUCAGAGGUCAUUUUGUUUUCAGAAGGAUUUCAUCUUGGAAGAGAACUGGGAAAAAAAGUGGUUUCUAUCUUUACUUUAUGUAAACAAUUUCUGACAGCACAACAGCACUACGAUUGGGGUUUACGACCAUUAAAAGCUGUACUGGAGCUUGCCGGAAGUCUUUUGCACGAGCAAAAAAAGAUUGGUCCUGUAGGAGCUGUUGAAGAAGCGAUCGUCGUGGUCAAGGCGAUUCGCGUAUCUACUCUGUCCAAGCUUACCUUUGGAGAUGCUCAACGCUUUAGCAUGUUGAUGAAUGAUAUUUUUCCUGAAACAGACAUUCAUACUAUUAUUUAUCAAGAACUCCAAAAGGCAUUACAAGAAUCCUAUGUUGAGCUUGGCCUUAUAUAUAUUGAAUCUCAAGCAGAAAAAGUAUUUCAACUGUAUGAAGCGUGCAAACAGCGUAUGGGUGUUGUACUGGUCGGACCAUCUGGAUCUGGAAAAAGCACAAUUUGGCGACUUCUCAAGAAUGCUUUGCAUAAAACUGGACAAAGACUAGUAUCGCACAUUACCAACCCAAAGGCAGUUGACCGACAGUCACUUUUAGGAAACAUGGAUAUGGAUACACGAGAAUGGACGGACGGCAUUUUAACAUACGCUUCACGGCAAGCAGUUAAAGAAGCGCUUGACGUGCAUACAUGGAUUAUAUCCGACGGUGACAUUGAUCCUGAAUGGAUAGAGUCACUUAAUUCUGUUUUAGAUGACAAUCGUUUACUGACCAUGCCAAAUGGCGAGCGUAUCCAAUUUGGUCCUAAUAUCAAUUUUAUAUUUGAAACGCACAACCUUAAUUUUGCAUCUCCAGCUACUGUCAGUCGCAUGGGUAUGAUUUAUCUUUCCGAUGAAACUUUGGAUAUUAACGUACUUGUGAAUUCUUGGAUUGAAAAAGAGGCAGAGCCGCUUCGUGUCGCGCUGAUGGGUUGGAUCAAAGCUUACUUUUACCAAAGUAUUAUCUGGAUCAGACAAAAUUGUGAAAUGGCUGUUGAGACUACAAAAGCUGGGUUGGUAUUGAAUGGUCUGUCUCAUAUUCACGGUGCUACCAGCAAACUUCAAUUUCUUUUUGGCUUGAUUCGUGGACUUGGCUCAAACUUGUUUUUAGAACAGCGACUUUUAUUUUCUAAUGAGCUAUUUCAAUGGGCCAACGAACAAGUCCCUGAUCCAAAGAAAAUACUCGAUUAUUGGGUGUCUUCUAGUGGAAAAUUGGAGACGUAUACUCUUGAGGAACCUGCGUCUCUUGACAUCACCUGCAUGCAGGAUCUAGAUCGGCUACCAGUGAUUGCUACACCAGAUCUUCAGCGCUCAGUGGAUAUGGUUAUGCCAUGGUUGAAUGAUAAACAUCCACUUUUAUUGGUUGGAUCCGAAGGAGCAGGAAAAUACACUUUACUUCGCCAUUGCUUUUCAAAACUCAAAUCUACAAGUGUUUCUAUUAUACAUUGUAAUUCACAAACCAAGUCGUCGCAUAUUGUACAACGUCUUUUUCAAACCUGUGUGGCAAGUACAAGUAUAAAAGGACGGGUACUUCGACCCAAGGACUGCGAAAGACUGAUUUUAUAUUUCAAAGAUAUUAAUCUUCCCAAACCAGACAAGUACGAAACUGUCGAGAUUAUUCAAUUUUUGCAACAGUUGCUCACCUACCGCGGAUUCUAUGAUUCUUCUUUGGAAUGGGUAUCCAUUGAGAACAUCCAAAUUGUAGCAUCCAUGAACCCAUCAACCACAAUUGGUCGCCACAAACUGAGUGUUCGUUUUUCGUCUAUUGUCCGCGUUUGCUAUAUAUCUUACACUGAUCGCGAGCAACUUCAAUCUAUUUAUCAAAUUAUGCUUCAGCCCGUACUGGAAUCGUGCUUGCCCAAUCAUCGUGUUUGGUCGCAUCCAAAAAGUAUUUCCAAACUGGCUUCGACUAUAGUAAGUAUUUUUGAACAAACAGUUCAAAAGUUUAGGGUGGACAUGCACUCGCACUAUGUUUUUACUCCAAGAGAUAUUUCGCGACUAGUAUUGUCUCUUGGAAGAUUUGUAUACCAAGAAAACGAUGAAAACGAGCUUAUUAAAGUAAUUGCUUAUGAAAGUCAAAGACUAUUCCAAGAUCGUCUUGUUGGACAUGAUGCUAGACAAAGCUUUCAGUCUCUACUAUUUUCGAUCUUGCAGUCAGAGUGGAACUACCAAGGCACAUUGCAGGGUAUUAUUUAUGCCAUCACCGAGGCUGGAGAACUGGGCUCUCUUUCUGAUGUUACUACUGCGAAAAAAUUGGGCUGUUUGACAAUGGAUCAGUACAAGGAGAAAUUAACAAAACAACUGCGUGUCUAUGAGCGUGAUAAUAGAGAUCUGCACAUAUCGUUGUAUCCAGAAAUGCUAGAGCUAAUUUCUCGUAUGGAACGGGUUUUGAGUCAAUCGGGUGGAUCGCUACUUCUUGCAGGACGACCUGGCAUUCCAUAUGUUAAUAUUUCGUUUUUGAUAUCAUUUUAUCUUGGAUAUACGGUUGUUUCACCAAAGGUGCUGCGUGGUGACUCAACCAAAGCAUUUUUGGCGGAUUUAAAGGCUAUACUACAAAUUACAGGAGUGACUGGAGAAGAUGCAGUGCUUUUGUUGCAAGACUAUCAGCUUGUAGAGCCAUCAUAUAUUGAAUCGAUCAAUAGUUUAUUGAGUGGGUCAGAAGUGGCAGGAAUAUACGCUCAAGAUGAGUUGGAUCUUAUAUUAAACUCUCUUAAAGACGGCCAUUCCCAGGCUGGAUUUAGAGGAUCUGUAUACGAGUAUUUUGUAUCCCGUGUGCGCAAACAUUUGCAUGUCAUAUUAGUAAUGGAUCAUGCCUUGCCGCAAUUUAUCAUCAACUGCGAAUCAAAUCCAGCACUUUACACACGAUGCCAAAUGCUAUGGAUGGACGCUUUCUCCAAUGAAAGUAUGACGUAUUUAGCAAAUGAGAUUUUUAACAAGUCCGGUUCACUGACAACUCUCAAAGAUAAGGAUGCUCUGAUCAAAGAGUUGUUGACAAUUCACCAAUCAAAUGUUUUUCGAGAUGGAACACCAAAACAUUUUAUCGAAUAUCUUGCCAUGUAUAAUCAAGUAUAUUCUUCCAAGCUUGAUUCACUAUGCAUCAGACAAAAUUAUCUAUUAGAAGGGCUAAAAAAACUAAACGAAGCUUCCACAUAUGUCGACAAACUUUCAUCCGAUGCCAAAAGACAGCAGACAGAGCUGACUCAAAAGCAGCAGCAGGCAGACGCGGCUCUUGGACAAAUUACCGAUAGUAUGGUGCAAGCUUCUGAGCAAAAAAAAGAAAUGGAAUUGCUAACUAUUUCUCUUAAAGAAGAAGAAACAAAAGUACUUGUUCAAAAACAGGCUGUUCAAAAAGAACUUUCAGAAGUAGAGCCCAUUAUCAAGAGUGCCAAAGCAGCUGUUGGAGAAAUCCGGUCAGAAAGCUUAUCGGAAAUUCGAUCGCUUCGUGCUCCACCUCCAGCAAUCCGAGAUGUUCUUGAGGGUGUACUUCGUUUGAUGGGUGUAUUGGAUAUGUCGUGGAAUAGUAUGAAGGGAUUUUUGGGUCAACGGUCAAUCAAGGAAGAAAUUAUGAAUUUUGAUGCACAUAGUAUAACCAAACAGACCCGAGAAGCCGUUUUUGAGCUUAUUAAGCAAAAACAAAGUUCCUUUGAAGAAGCGACUAUUAGACGAGUUUCAGUUGCUGCAGCUCCCCUUGCACUAUGGGUCAAGGCCAAUCUUCAAUAUUCUACAGUUGUUGAAAAAGUUGCUCCUUUGGAGCAAAAUUUGCAGCGUCUUUCAGCUACUUUAGAUGCAUCUCGAAGCUGGCUGAGCAAACUUAAGGAUCAGCUAUCAGCGGUGGAUGCAAAGGUGCAGGCGCUUAAGGAUGAUUUCAGUGACAAAACACGCGAAGCAGAGAGCCUUAAGAUUAGUCUUGAUAAUGCCAUGGGGAUUAUCAAGCGAUCACAAGGACUAUUAGAAAAACUAUCAGGAGAGGGAGAUAGAUGGAAUUCUCAGGUGAGCUCUAUUGGCCAGGAAAUCCAGAAACUGCCUCGAAAUGGGUUACUAGCUGCAGCAUUUAUUGUGUACCUUGCUGGCGCACCUGAAGAUAUGCGUCAUUUGAUGGUACGGAAAUGGGAAAAGAUUACUGGAAUCAAUAACUUUAAUUGUAUAACAGUUAUGAAUACUGAAAGUGAGCAGCUUAUAUGGAAAUCACAAGGACUACCUGCUGAUACACUUUCAUUAGAAAACGCUAUCAUCACACUCAAUAAUCGCGCAAUUUCUUUACUUAUUGAUCCAUCAGGACAAGCAACAGAGUGGAUCAAACAUUAUUUAAAAGAUAAAAAACCAGAAAUAAUUAGCCAAAGCAAUGAAAGCUUUAUGAGAUCGUUGGAACUGGCUGUGCGUUUUGGAAAAACUUUGAUUGUUCAAGAUUUAACUCAUAUUGAACCAGUAUUGAUGCCUCUUAUCCGCGGAGACUUUCAAAAGCAAGGCCCUCGAUUGGUUAUCGAAAUCGGAGACAAAACGAUCGACUACAACUCUGACUUUAAACUGUAUUUUACCACACGCAGAUCAACAUUUACAGUUUCAGCAGAUAUUGUUGGAUAUGUGAAUGACAUCAACUUUACUAUUACGCGUGCUGGUUUGUCAGGCCAGCUUCUUGGUAUCACACUCAAGCAUGAACGACCAGAGCUUGAAGUUCAAAAAAUGAAUCUGCUGAAAAAAGAAGAAGAACUUAAGGUGCAGCUUUCAAAUCUUGAGGAUCAGUUAUUAAAGGCUUUGGCUAGUUCUGAGGGAAAUAUCUUGGAAAACACGGCCCUUCUCACCUCAUUGAAUGAAACCAAGGAGAAAAGCAACAUUAUUGCCAAAAGUCUCAAAGAAUCGCAAAAGCUUCAAGAGUCGCUCGAUUCUGAGCGUGAUAAAUUUGCUCCUGUAUCAACAUUUGGAAGCUCACUUUUUUUUGUUAUUAGUGAUAUGCAAAAGAUUAAUACCAUGUAUAGAUUUUCGCUGAGCUCAUUUUUGCGUAUUUUUGAAAAAGCAUUAAAAUCAGAAACCACAACGGCACAGGAUCAAACCGAGUUGCGUAUUAAGCUACUCAUGACAACCAUGGAACGAUUGACGUUUGAAUAUAUUUCACGGUCUAUUUUCAAGGCUGAUCAGCAAAUGUUUGCCUUGUAUAUGAUCCACGAGCUACAUCCAACCCUUUUUGGACCGCAAGAAUGGGAACUGUUCAUUGGUCAGGUUGUGUUGGUUGAAGUAGAAGAAAAAUCAAUUGAAAUUCCAGACUGGGUUCCAGAGGAGCGAAGGCCGUAUUUUAGACAGCUUCAGACUCUUUUGCCUAAUCUUUCACAAUCGCUAGGAUUUGGUGAUAAAGAAAUAUGGAUAAAUUGGAUUUCUAGUCCAAACUGUGACGCAAUCUUUCCUAGAGAAAAAACCAGUGCUUUUCAAAGAUUAUUGGUUGUGCAAGCCCUUCGACCGGAUCGUCUUUUAACUUCUAUGGCAGCGUUUAGUUGUAAUGCACUUGCUAUGGAUAAUCUGGCACCGCCUGCGCUUGAAUUAAAGGAAUUUUUUGAUAAAGAAACGAUAAGUAGCGAGCCAGUAUUAUUUAUUACAACAUCCGGUGCAGAUCCCACUCAGGAACUAAGAGAUUUGGCAAUGACAGAAGUUGGUGCUGAAAACUAUUAUCAGAUAUCGAUGGGUCAGGGACAAGGAGAACUGGCCAUUGAACUGCUCCGCAAAGCUUCCAAUGAAGGCGGAUGGAUAUUUCUUCAAAAUAUUCAUCUUGUGAUUAAUUGGGUUCCAAUAUUAGAAAAAGAGUUACUGUUUUUAAAACCACACUCCAAGUUUAGGCUUUGGAUGACAUCGGAAUCCCAUGUAAAAUUCCCAGCCAGUCUUUUGGAAAAUUGUCUUAAAGUGACUAUAGAGGCUCCGCCAGGUGUCAAGAAAAAUCUGCAGCGAAUUUACCAAGGAUGGACUCCCGAGUUUAUUCAACGUGGUACAUUGAUUAGAGCACAAGCACUUUUUGCUUUGGCAUGGUUUCACGCAGUUAUUCAAGAGCGUCGAAACUAUAUUCCACAAGGGUGGAACAAGUUUUAUGAAUUUUCUGCUGCAGAUCUGAGAUCAUCUGCUGACGUUGUCGAUAUCAUGUGCACUACGUCAGAGUCUCCUCAAUGGGCAGUAUUGCAUGGUUUGUUGCAAGAUGCUAUUUACGGCGGUCGAAUUGAUGAUCAUCAUGAUGCGCUUAUUUUGCAUACAUAUUUGCACCAGUUAUUUUAUAAUGUUUUACCGCGUACAAAUGAGUAUGCAGCCUACCACCAACUGAUUACGGAGCUUCCAGAAAUAGACAAUGUUGAACUUUUUGGACUUCCUGCAAAUAUCGAUCGCACUCUUCAAAAACUUACAAGUCAAGCUGUAAUUGAGCAACUUAAAACGCUACGGCAUGUUGAUGUUAAGCAGCAUAAAUUUAACAAGGAUAAAUGGUCCCAAGAACUUAUGCCUUUGUUGCAACUAUGGAAAAAAGAACUUUCAAGCGCUUUGGAACUGAUUCGGCAAAUCCACACAGAUCUGUCAAAUAUUUCAAAGCUUCUUCGUGGAACCAUCUUGCUUACUAAUGAUAUUUAUAAAAUCGGUACUAAUUUGCUGCAUGGAGAGACACCAGAUCGAUGGAUGCAGCUUUGGGAAGGUCCAGAGUCAGCACAGGUUUAUAUUCGAAGCGUUAUAUCCAAAGCCAUCGCAGUGGAUACUUUACGCGAUACAGCAAGUGCAGGUAUCAAGGAGUCUAUCGUUUUGUGUAAUUUAUUUAACCCAAUUACAUUCUUGAAUGCACAACGCCAGCAGACUUCUCGAAUACUUCGCCAACCAAUGGAUUCGUUGCAGUUAGUAUCUGAAUGGAAUCUAAAUGAAUUGAAAAACUGUCCACUCAGGAUUGCUGUACAAGGACUACUAUUACAAGGAUGCAACUUUGAUGGGGAAAGACUACUCGAAGCCAACGUCAACGAUCCAAUAUUUGUAACUGCUCCAACAUGUUACAUUGGCUGGGUUGCAGAGAAAUCUGUAUCAACAAAAGGAAAAUUACAAGUGCCAUUAUACAUGGAUCGCACGCGACAAAAGGUGGUGGCAACACUUACAAUCCCAUGUGUAGAUGCCAAAGCACCUUGGAUUCUUGCAGGAGUUGGAUGUUUUUUGAAUCCAUAAUAGAUUUUUUAAAUCAUAGAUUGUCAUGUGAAUGGAAAAUACAAAAAUCCAAAUCGGAUCGCCAAACACAUGCUUUGCUAGUUAAAAUAAAGUCGUUUGAAAAGGUU